UGAAGGGAGUGGGGAUUUGUUAUCACGAGGGGUUAAGUGGUGACAUUAGGGGUUUAGAACUCGAGAUGCUAAUCUGGGUAAGUAGCAUUGUGCAGGAGCACGAAAUUUCACCCUGGCUGAAAAUAUGUAAAUAUUGGUGGUUUAAAAAAAAAAAUCCUACAGGAGUAAGAAUGCCCCUGUGUGAGGAUAUUUCCUUAUCCGGGAAUCGCAGGGAACCUCGCCAUUGGCCGCCGGUGUCACAUGGAUUCCUAACUUUGUUCACUUGACAGUCUGUAGGAGGGUUUUACGAAACAGGAAAACGAGUAGGGGGGGAUAGGAAUAAAUUUUAGUAUUUUUUGUGUGUGUGUGUGUGUGUGUGUGUGUGCAAAUCAAAGAAAUUAAUGGCCAUGAGUUCGUUUUUGAUCAACUCCAACUAUGUGGAUCCCAAGUUCCCACCCUGCGAAGAAUAUUCUCAGAAUGAUUACCUUCCCAAUCACUCUCCGGGAUAUUACAGCAGCCAGAGGCGAGAGACCACUUUCCAACAUGAGGCGAUGUACCAGCCACGGUCAGCCUGCAACGAGCCGCCCUACCCAGCUUGUCAGGGCUCCGGCCACCAGCCAGCGGUGCUCUCCCCCAGGGAUCAUGUUCAUCCUUCUGCCGGACUUCAGAGCCACCUCUCCGAGCCAAAUCACCACUGUGAGUCGGUCACCCCCAGCCCUCCUCCGCCCUCCUGUAGCCAAAACUCUAUGAACCAAAGCCCAUCUAAUUCUUCUUGCAAAGAGCCAGUAGUUUAUCCCUGGAUGAAAAAAGUCCAUGUAAGCACGGUAAACCCCAGUUGCACAGGAGGGGAACCGAAGCGCUCCCGGACAGCUUAUACCAGGCAGCAAGUCUUGGAACUGGAGAAAGAAUUCCACUAUAAUCGCUAUCUCACGCGGAGGCGCAGAGUAGAAAUUGCCCAUUCUCUUUGCCUGUCCGAGCGCCAGAUCAAAAUAUGGUUCCAGAACAGGAGGAUGAAAUGGAAAAAAGAUAAUAAAUUACCAAAUACCAAGAUCAGGUCUAAUUCUUCCAACGCUUCUGCAAGCCUGCAGAUACAAGGAGGGUCUCAGAACCGAGCCAAUGUACCAGCCACCGGCCUAUAAUUGUUUCGUGUGUGU